CGGUCGGAAGCAAAGGCUAAAACACCAAUGUCUUUUUUUUGAGAGCCAACCAGCCUCAGCGCGCGCGCGCGUGCCUGUGCAGCUUGGCUGCGGGGCUAGAGCAGCAGCGAUGGCGGCGUCCGUGGCCUUCUCCCCCGCAUGCAGGCGGCUCCCCUGCAACCCCCUCUCCGCCUACACCGCCGCGCCGUCUCUCGUCCGCCUGGCGGGAUCCUCCAGGCGCCUCCGCCGCGCCUGUGCCUCGGCGGAGCCGGCCGGCGAGCUGGACGGGCUGGUGCCGGCGGGGCUGCUCGAGGAGCUGCCGGAGGGCCUCGCCUUCCAGGGCGCCCCUGGCGGCAGCGGAGGCGGCGGCGGCCACACGAUGCUCGACCGCGGCAUCAACGCGGCCAUCGUGCUCGGCGCCAUCACCUUCGCGCUCACCAAGCUCCUCACCGUCGACCAGGAGUACUGGCAUGGGUGGACUAUCUUGGAGAUCCUGCGGUACAUGCCACAGCACAACUGGUCGGCGUACGAGGAGGCCCUCAAGGCCAAUCCGCUUCUUGUUAAGAUGAUGAUCAGUGGCAUCGUCUAUUCCCUCGGCGACUGGAUAGCCCAGUGUUACGAAGGGAAGCCCAUCUUCGAGUUUGACCGUGCUCGCAUGUUCCGGUCUGGCCUCAUAGGGUUCACCCUUCAGGGAUCUCUUUCCCACUACUACUACAAUCUCUGCGAGUCGGUGUUUCCGUGCAAGGAUUGGUGGGCUGUACCUGUCAAGGCUGCAUUUGAUCAGACAGCUUGGUCUGGGCUGUGGAACACCAUCUACUUCGUCGCCUUGGGAUUCCUUCGGUGGGAAUCUCCGUCCACCAUAUUCAGCGAGCUCAAGUCCACCUUCUUCCCCAUGCUUACUGCUGGAUGGAAGCUGUGGCCAUUCGCACACUUAAUUACAUAUGGUGUGGUUCCUGUCGAACAUAGACUUCUCUGGGUCGACUGUGUCGAGAUAAUCUGGGUCACCAUCUUGUCAACUUACUCGAACGAGAAAUCUGAAGCAAGGAUCUUAGACGAUUCCUCCACAACAGAUACGCGGGACAACUCCAGAUAGCACAUACUUCAUGUUUUGUUGUUUUAUAGAUUGGAACAACAGAAACUGCUCCGGCUUGCUUUGAGAUUGUAUAAAUUGUAUGUACAGUUAGUUACCAGUGCUGCGUGUGUAAAAAACCUUGCAUCUAUUGCAAACAAAUUGUGCUGGCCAAACAAAACAGAAAAUAAAUGGUCUCAAGGGAGAUCAACUCCCGAUGAAAA